AUGCCCUAUCCGCGGCCAGUCUCCCCGGUUUCUCUCGAAAAAUGCCCACCGCCAUUCGAUAUAGAUCCCGACGAUCUGCUCGGCUCAGACGAUGAACUAGACGAUGCUGGCCGAGAUGCGAGGCGCCGAAGAGUUGAGAAAUUGGCCGAGUCUUAUCUUCAGGGGAAGCCGCUGUUUAUUCUCUCCGCGUCGCUGAGAGGCCCUUUGGAGGAUGGAUGGGUUAAUCCAUGGCGGAAGAGUCGAGCGCGCGCUGGCAGCGCACCUGCUCCGAGGGCCUCGUUGAGCCGACCGACCUGCGUCCCGGAGAAGGUGGUGCAGGAGACUGACUUGCGCACUCGAAGGCAUUCCGAGAGACUGCCAAGUGAGACGAGUCGCCCCGAGAUCCCUGCCACGUCAUGGAACUCGCCUGCUGGAAGCUCCAUGCGAGUUGGGGAGCGCUCUUCGAAUUCAAGAUCAGGACGAACACACUCUGUGCCUAUACAACGGCUACAGCACAGUGAACGGAGCGAGAGAUUAUCUCGUUCCCCAGUCAAAGUCAAGGAGCUACCCUCUUCGGCAGCGAAUGAAGAAUCGUUCGCUCCCUGUGGGACUGCAGACUGGUUGAAAAAGGAUAGAAAGCGCAUGAACUUUACCAAGUUUGACCCGCCGAGUUCUCCGACGAUACCAGCUGCUUCUCGUCAAUUGGAAAAUAGAGCCCGUCGUCCUGCACCUCGCUCUGUUCAAGUGCAGGUACCGCAAACCCCGGCUUUUCCAACGAAAUUCCGCCCUGUUGGGAAGGACACGGUGAAGCCAGCUGCUGUGGACUCUACUUCUACUUGUCAUUCAUCUCUUCAUUCUUCCCGCUCCGCUGGCUCAACUGCGCGGCCUGUACCAACCGUUUCUAAGUCGUCGCCUUUCAAUAGAAAGAUCUCUCCGAGCAAGAACAUCUCGCUGGACAUGUCUCUUCGUGUUGUUUCCUCCUCCUCUCAGCUGCCACGGUUUGAAUAUCGCCCGUGGCUUCAUGAUAAAUCUAACCAGCAUGAACCGCCGAAAUCACCUUCGGACGACGAAAGCAUCCUACAGGAAGAGACUGUUUUGUAUGACGACACGCCCGAAGACAUUCCUCAUGACAUGCCUCGCAAUUCUCCAUCUACCAGUCCUACCAAAAAACAGGCAGGUAUGAUUAUCUCCGAAGCACCACAAUCUGAAGAAACAGAGGCUCACACUAAGGCCCCUGUUGUCGAUAAAGCAUUUCCAAAGAAAGAUAAAACCCAAAAGACUUCGUCUAAGGACCUUAGGUUUGCAGAUGAAGAAGAUGCUGGCACUUCAACAUACGAAAUUACCGACCACUCUGUGCCUACUGAGCAGAAUACCUGUGAGGAUCUGCCUUCUGCACAGGCGGUACCAGCGCCGUUGGGGAUCUCAGAUCGUAUGACAUCCUUACACUCGACGCUCUUGCCAAAGGAACAUAGCGAAAUGGAAAUGGACACCGAUAUCGACACGCAGCUUUCGACCCAGGCUGCGCUCCUGCAUGCACAGAAGUCUUUCCAGGAUGACCUGGAAAGCCCAACAUACCACAAAGCAACACCAGCCCAAAAGCGCCGAGCAGGGAGCUCUCCAGACGGUGCCACCUACUCGGCCAAUAUUACCCCAUUCUAUCGAGCUAUGAGCCCGCUCAUACCUGACAAAACCCGGAUGCAGGCAAUGAGUACUCAAUUCAUGCUCGACGCAGCCACACCGUAUACCUUCAGCACGGAGAAAAAGCCGCGUGCAUCUCGGCCGGAUUUCGGCGGAACACCCAGUACCAAGAAGAAAAAGACCGCCCAUAUCGCAGAUGCCUUUCCUUCGCCUGGUAAUGGCUCUCUCGGGCCCGAUAAUGAUUACAAUACUGCCCAAUCAGGUCCAGCAGGAGGAAGCCAGCGACUAGCGAGCCAAGAAUCGGAUCGACCGCCUACUUUCCGAUCCACUGCCCCGAACGCAUCAUUCCCAAUUACCUUUACCGGGUCAACACCGCCAACAAUACAAGAUGGCCAAGGUGCCCAGCAGGGAGCGGAAACCUUCAACUUAAGCCAAGCCAUUGCAGAUGCUGGGAGCUGGCUCCAGCAAAGCUUUGAUUUUGUGAAAGAUACUGGGCGACCCAGUCAGAGUCUUACAUCUGGAGGUCCUCAGCCUACUUUGAAUAUGGAUAUCUCUCGAUGA